CGGUGAGGCGAUAAGUCUGACAUUAACAUAGGUUAGCCUAGACGGCAGACGGAAAAAAGAUGGGUGCACGGGUUUCAAGAGAAGAUUACGAAUGGGUUUACACAGAGGAACCACAUGCCACAAGGAGAAAAGAAAUCAUGGCAAAAUAUCCACAAGUAAAGAAGUUGAUGGGACCUGACCCAAACCUGAAGUACAAGGUUCUUUUCUUAGUAAUGCUGCAGAUAAUGGCAAUGUAUGUCAUCUCAUCGCAGUCCUGGAUUGUUGUGUUUCUCAUGGCAUAUGUCUUCGGAGGGACUGUUAAUCAUUCACUGAAUCUUGCCAUCCAUGAGAUAGCUCACAACCUUGCCUUUGGACACAGUCGUCCUUUAGCCAAUCGAAUCCUUGGAAUGAUUGCUAAUCUACCCAUUGGUGUUCCAAUCUCAGUGUCAUUCAAAAAAUACCAUCUGGAGCAUCAUCGUUACCAAGGUGAUGAGGAAAAGGAUGUGGACAUUCCUAGUAAAAUUGAAGGCAGGAUGUUUAACAGAACAUUCUUGAAGCUGAUCUGGGUUAUUCUCCAACCAUACUUUUAUGCUUUCCGCCCAUUAUUUAUACGACCAAUGCCUGUCACAGCCUUGGAGGUUGUUAAUUUCAUUAUUCAAGUGAUCUUUGAUGUUAUAGUGUACAAGUAUUUUGGCAUUAAGGCUGUGUUUUACUUCAUACAAGGGACCUUCCUCGGUACAGGCCUGCACCCUCUCUCAGGUCAUUUCAUCUCUGAGCAUUAUAUGUUUAUUAAAGGUCAGGAAACCUACUCCUACUACGGUCCAUUGAAUCUGUUGACCUUCAAUGUAGGAUACCACAACGAGCAUCAUGAUUUUCCCAGCAUUCCUGGAUCACGACUUCCUGAGCUGAAAAAGAUUGCACCAGAGUAUUAUGACAAGCUUCCUCACUACAAUUCAUGGGUCAAGGUGAUUUAUGACUUUAUAAUGGAUCCUGAGAUUGGACCUUAUUCCAGGGUUAGAAGAAAUAUCAAGCCUCGAGAAUCUAAGGAGAACAAAGCAAAUUGAUGUAUGAGAUCUUGGGAUUUUUAGAAUCUGAGCAUUUAUUUCUAUUGUGUCUAAAUAGACUGAUAGAGUAAAUUAUCAAUAAAUAAAAAUUUGUUUGA